CGCGCAGGCGCGCCGCCGCCGCCCCGCUCGCCCGCGGACGCGCGCGGACUCGCCAUGGCGGACCCCGAGCUGCAGCUGGUGGCGCGGCGCAUCCGCAGCUUCCCCGACUUCCCCAUCCCGGGCGUGAUGUUCAGGGACAUCUCGCCCCUGCUCAAGGACCCCGACUCCUUCCGCGCCGCCAUCCUCCUGCUGGCGCGGCACCUGCGCAGGAGCCACGGCCGCAUCGACUACAUCGCGGGCCUGGACUCCCGCGGCUUCCUGUUUGGCCCCUCCCUGGCCCAGGAGCUGGGCCUGGGCUGCGUGCUCAUCCGGAAGCGGGGCAAGCUCCCGGGCCCCACCGUGUCCGUCUCCUACGCUCUGGAGUACGGGAAGGCUGAACUGGAAAUCCAGAAGGACACGUUGGAGCCGGGGCAGAAGGUGGUGGUCGUGGACGACCUGCUCGCCACUGGCGGGACCAUGCGCGCCGCCUGUGAGCUGCUGAGCCUGCUGCGGGCCGAGGUGCUGGAGUGCGUGAGCCUGGUGGAGCUGACCUCGCUGAAGGGCCGGGAGAAGCUGGGCAGCGUGCCUUUCUUCUCCCUCCUGCAGUUCGAGUGA